AUGGGACAGAACCAGAGUACACCUCUCUCCCUUCUUCUGGCUAAUUUCACGGAUGUCCAGACUAGAGGCCAUAACCUAAGCCUGGACAUCCGCCAGCCGAGACUUAUCACUUUCUGCCUGUCUGAGUGGCCCACUUUCGGGGUGGGCUGGCCUACCGAGGGCACUUUUUGUUUGCCUAUAAUUGCUAAGGUCAAGGCCAGAACCCUCCUGCCAGGAAAGGAAGGCCACCCAGACCAGGUUCCCUAUAUCCUCGUCUGGCAGGAUCUUGUUGAAAACCCUCCACCCUGGAUGUCCCCCUUCUUCUCCUCAGGGUCCUGUAAGAUUCUUGCGGCCCACUCCAUGGACCCAACCAAGCCGCGGACCCCCUCGGCGCCCCUAUGUCCCAUAUUGCCCGACAGUCAGGACCUACUAUCCCUAGACCCUCCACCCUAUCAUCCCCCUCCCCUCGCACCCCAGGCCCUACCCGCAGCGGCAGCCCCACCAGUCGCCCCGCUGGUUGCCCCCCAAGGGGAACCAGGAGGACGGGAAGCGGCCGCUGCGCCGGGACCAGGGAGACAAGGGGCAGCAGCCGCGCCGAGACCCCCCGAUGAAACGGGCAACCCCCGACUCCAGUAUUGGCCCUUCUCUACCAGCGACCUUUAUAAUUGGAAAACCCCAAAUGCUCGGUUUUCUGAUAACCCUAAAGAUCUCAUAGCCCUCUUAGAGAGCAUAAUGUUCACCCACCAGCCUACCUGGGAUGACUGCCAACAGCUUUUGCGAAUCCUGUUCACCGCGGUAGAAAGGGAGAGGAUUCAACCUGAAGCGCGGAAGCUGGUUCCCGGGGAAGAUGGUGGACCCACUGUUAAUCCUGACCUCAUUAAUGCAGCAUUUCCCCUGACUCGGCCUGAUUGGGACUACAAUGCAGCAGAAGGUAGGGGACGACUGCUCAUUUAUCACCAGACUCUAAUGGCGGGUCUCUGGGCUGCAGCACGCAAGCCCACUAAUUUGGCCAAGGUAUACUCGAUAAUACAAGGUAAAACAGAGAGCCCUGCCACCUUUUUAGAAAGAUUAAUGGAAGCCUUUAGGCAGUACACCCCCAUGGACCCCGAGGCCCCCGAAAAUCAGGCCACAGUUGUGAUGUCUUUUGUAAACCAGGCUGCCUCUGACAUCAAGAAGAAACUCCAAAAAUUAGAGGAUCUAGAAGGAAAACAGAUCCAGGACCUACUCUGCAUUGCUCAGUGGGUAGAUAAUAAUCGGGACGCUCCAGAGGAUAAACAGCUCAAAGCCACCAGGGAAAUGACUAAAGUCUUAGCCGCCAUAGUUCAGAAAGAUCAAGGGCCCACAGGAGAACAGAAAACUCACCCCCCCAGGCGCCCCCUAGACAAAGACCAAUGCGCCUACUGUAAAGAAAAAGGACAUUGGAUUCAUGACUGUCCCAAAAAGAAACAACUGCGCUCGGGAUCAGAGCCGUGGCAAACCAAAGUGGCCCCCAUCCUAUUUACCCAGGACUCAGAAUAGGGAAGAUGGGGUUCGGACCCCCUCCCCGAGCCCAGGGUAAUCCUACAAGUGGAGGGGACUCCUGUGCAAUUCCUUGUGGACACAGGAGCACAGCAUUCAGUACUCACUAGCCCUCAUGGAAAAAUCUGUGAUAAGUCCUCCUGGGUCCAGGGAGCUACAGGAACUAAAAAAUAUCCUUGGACCACCCAACGAACCGUGGAUCUAGGGACAGGAAGGGUAACCCAUUCCUUUUUGGUUAUUUCGGAUAGUCCCUGCCCCUUGCUGGGAAGAGAUCUCCUCAAGAAAAUGGGAGCUCAAAUUCACUUUCAGCCCGGAGGGCCUAAAGUAACUGACUCCCAGGACCAACCUAUCUCGGUCCUCACCAUACGGUACACUGCCCUUGAUUUAAAAGAUGCCUUUUUCACCCUGCCUUUGGCCCCCAAGAGCCAAGACAUCUUUGCAUUCGAAUGGGCGGACCCGGAAAGAGGCAUAAAUGGACAACUCACCUGGACCCGACUUCCACAAGGAUUUAAAAAUUCCCCCACCCUAUUUGAUGAAGCCCUCCACGAAGAUUUAAGUAAGUACCAGAAAUUAAACCCAAAUGUGUUUCUCCUACAAUAUGUAGAUGACCUCCUUAUUGCAGCUGAGACCCGAGAAGCCUGUCUCCUGGGGACGAAAAACCUCCUACAGACGCUGGGGAACCUAGGGUACCGCACAUCCGCUAAGAAGGCCCAAAUCUGCAAACCUGAGGUAAUAUAUCUGGGGUACCUGCUAAAAAAAGGACAAAGAUGGCUUACUGAUGCCCGGAAAGAGACUGUCCUCCGCAUUCCGCGACCCACCACUCCUCGACAGGUGAGAGAAUUCCUGGGGUCUGUGGGAUUCUGCCGGUUAUGGAUCCCAGGUUUUGCUGAAAUGGCCAAACCCUUUUACGCAGUCUCUAAAAACCAACCAUCAUUUGAAUGGUCUGCGGAAGCUGAGCAGGCAUUUCAACAGAUAAAGAGAGCCCUCCUAUCGGCCCCAGCUCUAGGACUGCCCGAUAUCUCUAAGCCUUUCCACUUAUAUGUGGACAAACAUAAAGGCAUAGCCAAGGCAGUGCUAACCCAGCAUCUAGGUCCAUGGCCCAGACCAGUGGCCUAUCUCUCAAAAAAACUGGACCCUGUAGCCGCAGGAUGGCCCCCUUGUCUCUGGAUAAUAGCGGCUACAGCCCUAAUGGUUAAAGACGCCGAUAAGCUGUCCCUAGGCCAAGAGUUACAUGUCACCACACCCCACACCAUCGAAGGAGUGCUCAAGCAGCCCCCCAAUAGGUGGAUGAGCAAUGCCCGGAUGGCCCACUAUCAGGGACUCCUGUUAGAUCCCUUGCGGAUCACAUACACCCCUCCCCGAACUCUAAACCCGGCCUCGCUGCUACCUGACCCUGACCUGGACUCCCCGCUCCAUUACUGCGCCGACAUCCUAGCUCAGAUCCAUGGAAUAAGGGAAGAUCUACAGGACCGGCCUUUACCGGAUGCUGAGGUCACCUGGUUCACUGACGGAAGCAGCUUCGUCCAUCAAGGACAGAGGUAUGCAGGGGCAGCAGUGACAUCUGAGACUGAAGUAAUAUGGGCAGAGGCUCUGCCCCCAGGGACUUCUGCCCAAAGGGCAGAACUGAUUGCCUAAAAAGCAUUAAAAAUGGGGCAGGACCACAAAGUGACUGUAUAUACAGACAGCCGGUAUGCCUUUGCCACAGCCCAUAUACAUGGGACAAUAUACCGUGAGAGGGGACUACUCACUGCUGAAGGCAAAGAUAUCAAAAAUAGAGAGGAAAUUCUGGCCCUAUUGGUCGCUAUUUGGGCCCCUAAGAAACUGGCCAUAGUACAUUGCCUGGGUCACCAAAAAAUAACUGAUCCAAUCUCUCCAGGAAAUAACCUAGCUGACCAAACUGCAUGCCAGGUAGCACAAAAACCCAUCCCAGUAUUACCUGCGCAGCUACCAGAUCCAGGGCCCCGAGAUUUACCCCCACAGCCUGAAUACUCAGAAGAUGAUCUUAUCUGGAUACGCAGGCUCCCAAUGACCCGAGUUACAGAUGGAUGGUGGCGGGACUCCAGAGACCGCCUUAUCCUUCCCAAAAUAUUGGGCCACGCAAUCCUGACAAAAAUACACCACUCUACCCACUUGGGGCCCCGAAGCCUUCAAGAUCUCAUCAGACAAUCCAAACUAGUGUUAAGAAACAUCUCUGACCAGACAGAAAGAGUUGUGACAGCCUGUUCUGCAUGUCGACUCCAGAAUGCGCACCUACACGUCACAGUCCAAGGCCACCGUAAAAGAGGAACCCUACAGGGAGCCCACUGGGAAGUUGACUUCACCGAAGUAAAGCCCGGCAAAUACGGCUAUAAAUACUUACUAGUGUUCGUAGACACCUUUUCAGAAUGGACCGAAGCCUUUCCAACCAAGAAGGAAACGGCGCAGACUGUAGCCAAAAAGAUCCUAGAAGAAAUCCUGCCCAGGUAUGGUUUUCCACUAAUGAUAGGGUCAGACAAUGGGCCUGCAUUCGUCUCUAAGGUAAGUCCCACCGCCAUCAAGGUAGAUAACCUCCCUACCUGGAUUCACCACACCCACAUUAAGCCUGUCGACCCGCUGUCUAACCUCGUGGGACACAUUGAUAGAAAUACUACUUGGACUGUAGACCGGAACAUGUUCCAGAUAGUGACCCUUGUCCUACUAGCCCUCAACCUCAAACUCCUGGAGGGAGGACUAAAUGCCCCCGUUGACAAACAGAGAUUGUUACAAGCUCUGUAUGGAAGGCCCUGUGAUUGCAGAGGUGGCGUAGUUAGCACCAUUGCCCUGCCACAUAGUAAAAGAAUAGUAGCCGGCUCUGUAGGAAGAGGGGGUCUACAGCGAAGCUACACUCAAACCCAAGACUGUGGGACCACAACCGCUUACUUAACCCAGACCUAUGACACCACCGGACUCCAACAACAGCAGUGGUUAUGUGUUAACAAACCCAAACCCCUGCCCCCUAUGACAAAAUGCCCUUGCUCCACUUUCCAAGAGUUGAUGCACAGCUCUUGUUAUGACUCCUAUCAACAAUGUAUAGGGCCAGAUAACUCCACCACCUACUUUAUGGCCAUCCUACAAAGUAACAGGGCAGCAAUAGCCAGUGAUAACAAUAUGCAAUUUCAAGCUGGCUGCUCUGGCUCAAUUGGAGCCGCCAUCUGCUGGAACCCCCGAGCCCCCAUACAUGUGUCUGACGGUGAAGGACCCCAAGACGCUGUUAGACAGAUUGAAACGCAAACGAGGCUUAAGGACCUCGCAGAACAUAUGUAUCCACAGCUUAAUUACCACCCCCUAGUUCUCCCUAGGCACAGCCCUUAUGAGUUAGACCCUCAGACAAUGUCUAUCCUAGAAACCACUUUCUCACUCUUAAACAUCUCUAACCCGACUCUAGCCCAAGAUUGUUGGCUUUGCCUACCCCAGCAAACUCCCCAACCCAUCGCCAUCCCCACUGAAGUUGAUAUCCGCAUAACCAAUGACUGCUUUCCCUCUUCCCUACCUGACCCCUUCCCUGUUCAAUUCAUUAGCCCGUUCAAUGCCUCUUGCUUUAUAAAUAACCUUACCUCCCAGAAUAACAGCAUAGAUGUAGGGAUCAUAUCUCUUGCCCAAUGCCACCAGUACAUCACUAUCAACUCCUCCUUAUGUAGUACCAACACCACCGUUUUCGUCUGCGGAAAUAACCUAGCCUACACCUAUCUUCCCCACAAUUGGACUGGAGUAUGCAUCCUGGCCACUCUGCUACCAGAUAUCGACUUAGUCACAGGAAAAACCCCCAUGCCCAUCCCUAGUCUGGACUUUGUAGCUGGCAGAUCCAAACGAGCUGUGGCUGUUAUCCCCCUCCUGGACAGCAGGACAGCAGGAUUAGGAGUCUCCAUACACUCCUAUCUGCGACUCUCUCGUCAACUAAUUGACGACGUCGAAGCCUUGUCAGGGACAAUCCAGGAUCUGCAAGAUCAGCUAGAUUCCCUAGCAGAAGUGGUGUUACAGAAUAGAAAAGGGUUGGAUCUGCUAAUCGCAGAACAAGGCGGCAUCUGCUUAGCCCUACAAGAAAAAUGUUGCUUUUAUGCCAAUAAAUCAGGAAUAGUUCGGACCAAAAUCAAACAGCUCCAAGAGGACCUCGCACGCCAACGAAAAGAACUAGCCGAAAACCCACUGUGGUCAGGACUCCACGGGUUUCUCCCCUACCUUCUUCCCCUUUUUGGCCCCCUACUAUGCCUCCUCCUCCUUUUUACCCUUGGCCCUAUUGUGAUCAACAAAAUAAUGGACUUUAUCAGGGACAGACUAAACACCAUUCAGAUUAUGGUCCUUAGGCCACAGUAUCAGCCCCUAGACAUGGAAAGCGAGCUUGAUUAG